CUCCUCCUCCUCCUCCGCCUCCUCCUCUUCCUCCCCCCCUCCCUCGGCGCCGCGAUGCCCCAGCCAAAUGGGCCGCUGUCUCCGAGAGGAAGGCGCCGCACCAUGGGACCGGUCAAUGCCGGGGCGUUCAUGGAGGGCGCGGCCGAGUCCACGGUGCUCGACGCGGCCCGCGAUGGCGAGCAGGGGAAGCAGCAGAGCCAGAUGGUGUCCAUCGCGCAGGGCAUAAGGAACAGAGUUGACGCCCUCACGUCCGGCCGGCUGCACAACCGCCACAUCGACGACGGCGACAUGUCGAUUUCGCCCGCGGCGAAGCAUACCGCGGCGCGCGGGAGAGUAGUUUUCGUCGGCGGGGAGCUUUCCGCGGACAGCGGCUCGGAUGAGCCGCCACCAUCCCAUUACAGCUCCGACGGCUGGGACGAGGACUCGUCGGGUCUCAUGGUUGGCCGCUCCAAGUCGACUUCGUCGCGUGGGCGCACAGGCCAGCUUCUAGAGAGGCUCAAUAUCGAGCAGCGGAUUAGCCUCUGUACCGAGUUGGACGCUUGGUUCCAGCUCCACCUGAAGUUCGCGUCACAGAGGAUCGAGAACUUCAAUAGUAGAGAACUGGCGAGGGACACAGUGCAGAGCGACUUCGACGUGGCCCUGAAGGACGUCCGCGAUGGGGCGGGCGCCGCGGAAGUGAGAUCGGUGCUGAAGGCGAAGCAGUUCAAAGACAAGAUCCAGAAGUAUCAGCAAGGACUGCGCAGGAGAGCGCGCGAGGCUGCCCUGUCGGAGGCCCGGGAGAAGGCUGUCGAGACGGAGAGCAAGGCGGCUAAGGCCAAGGCGACCGAGGCGAUGGAGCAGGCCGGCGGCAGAAGACAAUGGCUCAGCCGCGUGUGGGAGGCGGUGUCCUGGCAAAUGAAGGACGGGAUGGAAAAGGGCAUUUGCAGCGAGGUGACGGUACGCGUGGUGGGGGCGAUGGGUUUGCGCGAGCAGUCGGCAGAGCAGAGCGACCAGUUGUACUACACCUGCCUUGUCCGAGGCAAGCCAGAGACGCGGUUCAAGGUUCCAGUCGGUGAGGCCUCGUCUCAGGCGGAGUGGUUGGAGGGAGUGGACAUGAUUGUUUUCGGGCCCACUGACAGGACGCUGGAGAUCAAUCUCCACGGGAAAGACGACGAGAUUCUAGGUUUCGCCUACCUCGGCAGGAGUCAAUUCAUCGAUCUGGAGGACUAUUGGGCUGGUCCGCUGCUGGUGUGCAACAAUUUUGGGGAUCCUCUCGAAGGUCAGCUGCAGGUUGAGGUCGUAUCGCGGCAAAAGCAGUACGACGUGCUCACUGCCCAGGACCUGCUGCACAUACUGUCCGAGCAGCAGGAUGAGGUCGCGGAUCUCACAGAGAGACAGGCCAGGAUGAACCACAGGUGCGAUGUCGCUCUGAACGUUUUGGGCUACGUCCAGGACAAGCACUGGAACGCUCAGAACACGGAUUCCGUACCUAGGAAGUUGAACGUCCUGGACGCUGCUGGCGUUGAUUUUCUGGAGGAAGCCAAGAAGCAGGCGAUCUUGCAGAAUCUAGAUGAGCACGUGAAGACCAAUCCCCAAACCUGGUACAAAUUGAUGAAGCGUAUCGAAAAGGAGGAGGCUGCGAAGCGUAUCGAGAGCAAGGGAGCUCGGACGAAUGAUGAAGAUUCUCCGGCGGAAGAGCACUAUGUGCUCAGGAGGGAGAUAGAGGACCUGAUCGCCCUGCAGGACAUGGCAAGCAUGAGUGCGAGGGCAGCCGCCGCGGUAGAUCUCGCGAUCCAUAAGGGUAAGGUCACCCUCGCGGAGGAGAUACCCCGGGACCCUGAAGAGGAGAAGAAGAAGGAGGAAGAGGCCAACCAGGAACGCGCUGGCGAACUGGCGCUUCAGUCGAUCAAGGCGCUGCGAAGGCUGAGGAACAGGACAGAGCAGAUCACUGCCGAGUCCGAGAUCACCCAGAAGAUGUCCAAGAGCAAGUCCAUUACCGCGCGGCGCCCAAGAAGCCCCAGGGGAAGGUGAUGCGCAAGGCGCUGAGCGGCCGGGCGGCCGUCAGCGCGCUGGGCGGCGGAGGUUUCGGGGCGAUCGGAAUGGUGCAGGCCUCCCA